GGAAAAAUAGACAAAAUAUGGAAAUUUUAUAUUUCCAUUAAAAGAAAGAGAAAGAAUGCUUAAUUUGAAUAAAAGGAAAUAUUAUAGAUUUUAUAAGAAAGUAAAAUUAUAAUGCUUAAUUUAUAAAGAAAGUUCAUACUAGAAGAAUUGAAUAAAAUUAAUGUAACCCUAUAAAUUGGAUUUAUGUUGAAGAAUAUAAUUUUAAAUAUUAACUAAAGUUGGAAACUUGUAAAUAGAAUUAAAAGUUAAUUAUAUACUUUCACAGAUAUUUUGUAUAUAGUAUUACGUAAAGUUUUAUAUCAAAGAGCAUGUUAAUUAAGUCUCUUUUGUAAGUAUUGGAUGUCAAAUACUUUUAACUAAUAAAGACUUUUAUAAAGUAAAUAGACAAAUCCUAGUAAAAGAUGUCAAUUGUAUUUGGGAAGUAUUUAGAUUUAAAGGAACAAAGGGAAUUAUUUAUCUUCUUUGUUUAUAGGUAAAAGUUCGAUAAUCCGUUUACUAGGGACGCUAAGAAUUAAGUCAAAUUGAUUGACAAAAGCUUAAAUGGUCAGCAGGUAAUUAAUGACCAAUGAAAUAAAUUAUGGGAAGUCUUUUAAAUUAUUAUUUGGCAUUUCAUUGGAGAAAAUAGAAGAAGUUCUUAAAUCCAAAGGUCAUGUGACUAAAAUUUCGAAUAUCCAAAAUUAUGUUUUAGCGUCACUUGAUCUUUGGAACCUGAAAAUAAAACAUCAUUUUACAGAACUUCUGUCUAUUUUAGGUGACCAGACAGGUACUACCAAGCUUUAGACCAUUUGUUACAACAUUGAAAGUUAUUUUCAUGCUGGCAGUUCUUUUGAACAUACCUCAAUCUAAGGCAAAUUCAAUAUUACGGUUGAACUAUGGAAUCCUAUUUGAAAAACAAGCUAAUGUGCAUUUUAGCAAUGAUGUAUGGAUGCAUACAUUUCAAAUAAGAUUACCUGUUAAAAAAGGGAUGAAAUUGAUUAGUCCCUGUAAAGGAAAAGACUUUUGCGAAAAUUUUAAUAAGCUAGCAAAUGAAUUGAAUAUACUCCAACUGCAAACAACAAGAGAACUUAACCAAACAAUAACCACUUUGAAGAACAUUAUUCCAACUAAAAGCAAAAAUAAUAAUAGGAAAAAGAAGGCAAUCUUAGGAUUUAUUGGAGAAUUAUCGAAAUCAAUAUUUGGUACAGCUACUGUUUCUGAUGUAAAACUCCUAGCUCAGCAUAUCAAUGCACUAACAACAAGAACUGUAAAAUUGACCAAAGAAAUGGCUAUUCACUCAGAUCACCAGUCUUCAUUUAUGUCAAUAAUAAAUAAAAGAAUUUCAAACAUUGUUAAUGAAAUGAAAGACACUCAUGAUGAAAUAGAUUUGUUGCAAAAUGUUAUAAGGAAUAACACAAAGGCACUUGAGAAAUUAUUUUUUACUAUAUCUAACACAAUUUUAAAUACGAUUACUCUAAAUACAGAAGUUAAACACAAAUUAAAUGAUUUGAAACUAGGAAUUUUCAGUUUAGUUGAAGGAAAAUUAUCUCCCUUGUUGAUUAAACCAGCAACUUUAAGAAAAUCUUUGAAACAAAUUGAAAUGCAAUUGCAUCAAAAAUAUCCAGGAUUUUAUAUUGUUCAAAAAAAUAUAAACUAUUAUUAUUCAUCCCAAAAUUUUGUAUACUCCAAAAAAGGAUCAGAUAUUUUUAUUAUGAUAAAAAUCCCAAUAGCGUAUAAAAUGGCAAAAUUUGAAUUAUUUUCAGUCACUGCUCUUCCAGUCCCAGUAAACACAUCCUUGCAUGCUACCCAAUUAAUGGAUGCCCCUGAAUACUUAGCUUUGUCCAAUGAUAAGAAGACAUAUUUACCCCUUACAAGUCAACAAAUUAUGAAAUGCAAGAAUUACAAUAACAAUAUGUAUUGUCCAUUAUUACAAUCAUUUUCUGGAAGUGGAGAUUCAUGUAUAGUAUCUAUUUUUAAUAAUGAUAAAGAUAAAGUACAAUCAUUGUGUGAUUUUAGAUUUUUACACAACAAAAUAAUGCCAAAAAUUAUGUAUUUGAACUCUUCUGCAAUAGUUAUAUAUAAAAUCCCACAAAUUUCAAUAGAUUGUUCAGGAAAACAAAUUUUUCAUGAAGGUUGUGAUUUUUGCAUUAUGAAUAUUCCUUGUCAAUGUUCAAUUGCCACAAAAUUAUUAAGUUAUCCCCCUUCAAUUACUUCAUGCAAAAGGUCAAAUAAUAUUACAGUUGUCCAUCCCAUAAAUCUAGCAUUGCUACAACAAUUUUUUACUGCAAAACAAUUGAUAGAAAUAAAUGGUAGUUCUACAUUUGUAGAAAAGAUGAGUAUUAAUGUUCCAGACUUUAAAAUUUAUAAUCAUUCAUAUUCUUCAUUUUUGGUAAAAGAUCAACAAGACCAUCUUAGUUUAAAGAAAAUGGCUAAAGUUGCUAAAAAGGAAGGAAUUAUUUUUCAAGAUUUGGCAGAGCCUUUAUUAGAUGGUCAGAUAGAUAUAGAAAAUAAUUGGCCAAAUCUUAAUGGUACACUUGGUUUAAUUGGAACUUCUUUAGCCAGCAUUACAUUUAUUUACUGUAUUUGGUCAUUUUUCAAAAUUAGAACAUUAACAACAACAAUUUUGAUUUUAGAAAGAACUAUUAAUGCUCAUUCUGCUUCCAUACCAUCUUUUAUUUUUAAACCAGAAACCACAACCACUAGCUCUGUAAUAUCUCACAUGUUUGAUCAGGAAUUUAAUAUGAAUCAUAUUUUAGUAAUUAUAAUUGGUAUUUUAAUUAUAUUUAUUGGACUUAUAUUAUUUAAAAGAAGAAAAUCGAAAUCACACUUUACGUAUUUAAUGAUGGAAAUUACAACUGGAACUUCUUGUCUUCAAGUUCCCCUUAUUAAGAUGCCACUAUGUCCUGCUUAUUGGGAAAUUAGUAUGCCCCCUUCUGUAGAGUCACUAGAGGUUGUUGGUACUUUUCAACCAACUUUAUUAAUUAAAUGGGAUGAAUUUUUGAUCAAAAACAAAAUAAAUGAAAAAUCAUUAACUGUUCCUAAGAUGAUCAGAUUGCCACUCUUUCAAAGUUUACAACUAAAACAAAUUUUGAAACAACCAUACUGUGUGUAUAUACUUCUAGUCCAUCAAAACCUAUUUAAAGUUUUAAAUCACGAAUAAGGUCUUUUUUGCCUGACGAAUUUUCUACCUUAAAUUUUUUUUUUUUCUUCUCUUUCAAUAUUGUUAAGUGGUAUAGUGAUAUAGGACAUCAAAGCAUGACUUGUGCCGUGGAUAUUCAAAAAGGACAUCGAAGGAAUCAACAAUAUUUCGGACAACAACAAUAUAGAAUUCGUACAUAAUGGAGGACACCGUGUGCUAUCUCAUAAAAUUAUCAUGGAUUAUGUAAUCACAGAUUAUCAGCAUUGUGAAUUUAUCAAUAUAUGGAAAAAAGUGAAUUUGUGAUGAAAUAACAAAAAGUGAAUUUGUGAUGUGAUAACAAAAAGUGAAAAGGUGAAUGUCACCAUACUAUAUAAAAGGAUUAUUGAGUGUUUAUAUUAAUAAAAAUGAAAUACAAAUUGCAUGAAUGAUUUACUCUAACCAAACAAAAAUGAUAUUAUAUUCUAAAUUCAUCCCAAGAUAACUAGUUGAAUCCUUAACAAAUCUUGUAUUAGGUAUAUUUAUAGUAAUAUUUUUGUUUGCUCCUUGCAUGCUUAAUUAACAAUACACUUAUGAUCAUUUAUUAAUCCAAAUGUGUAUGUAUAUUUUAAUAUUAUAUAGUCCUUUAAUUUCUUUUAUUAUUAUUACUAUUAUUUUUUUUUGUUUGUUUCUAUAGAUGUUCAACCACACAUAUUUCUUCUCUUCAAGUCGGGGAAAAUGUUUUAAAGAACACAUAAGAUGCAAAGAAAUUUUUGUUAAGCCAGGAGCUAAAUUAGAAGAACUAGCAAAUUUUGCUUACCAAAGACUGCAUGCAGUUCAACAACCCAAAAUAGUUUAUAUAAUGGCAGGGAUACCAGAUAUCUGCACCAAAACUAAAGCCCCAGCAUACGAAGAAAGUUUUUACAAUUUAGAGGACAAUGAUAAAUUAUUAACUAUGAAAAAUAUUUUCAGUCAAACAAGAACAAAAUUAGAAUCCAUCAAUUGUAAGGUUGUUUUUGUAACCAUAACCACCAUGAGUUUUCAUGACUGGAAUUUACAUAGACUUAAAUGUCAUAAAACAUCAAAAUUAUUAUAUUUAACUCAAUAUGUUGACAUGCAAAAUCAACUCAAUUCAGUUCUUCACCAGCUGAACAAAUUCAUAACAGCUUCAAAUGAAGAUAAUGAUGUAGUUACACCAUUUCUUCAUACUUAUGUACAUAAAAUUAUGGGAGAAAGACAUUAUUAUAGCUACUCAAAAUUGGUUGAUGGUGUCCAUCCAUCUGCAGCCUUAGCAGAAAAAUGGCGAAAAUAUUUAAAAAGAAUUAUGAAGAUCAAUGAAAGACUUUUAAUGGAAUAAUCAAAAUUAUAGUGGAAGCAUCUAUAGAACAAACAUUGUAUAUAUUUCAUUUAUAAAUAUUAUGUAUUUUUUUUAACACAUAUGCAUAGAUAUAACUUUGUAGGAACAAAGUCUUCAGUUCCAUAGGGUUAUAUAGUGAAGGAAAAAUAGACAAAAUAUGGAAAUUUUAUAUUUCCAUUAAAAGAAAGAGAAAGAAUGCUUAAUUUGAAUAAAAGGAAAUAUUAUAGAUUUUAUAAGAAAGUAAAAUUAUAAUGCUUAAUUUAUAAAGAAAGUUCAUACUAGAAGAAUUGAAUAAAAUUAAUGUAACCCUAUAAAUUGGAUUUAUGUUGAAGAAUAUAAUUUUAAAUAUUAACUAAAGUUGGAAACUUGUAAAUAGAAUUAAAAGUUAAUUAUAUACUUUCACAGAUAUUUUGUAUAUAGUAUUACGUAAAGUUUUAUAUCAAAGAGCAUGUUAAUUAAGUCUCUUUUGUAAGUAUUGGAUGUCAAAUACUUUUAACUAAUAAAGACUUUUAUAAAGUAAAUAGACAAAUCCUAGUAAAAGAUGUCAAUUGUAUUUGGGAAGUAUUUAGAUUUAAAGGAACAAAGGGAAUUAUUUAUCUUCUUUGUUUAUAGGUAAAAGUUCGAUAAUCCGUUUACUAGGGACGCUAAGAAUUAAGUCAAAUUGAUUGACAAAAGCUUAAAUGGUCAGCAGGUAAUUAAUGACCAAUGAAAUAAAUUAUGGGAAGUCUUUUAAAUUAUUAUUUGGCAUUUCAUUGGAGAAAAUAGAAGAAGUUCUUAAAUCCAAAGGUCAUGUGACUAAAAUUUCGAAUAUCCAAAAUUAUGUUUUAGCGUCACUUGAUCUUUGGAACCUGAAAAUAAAACAUCAUUUUACAGAACUUCUGUCUAUUUUAGGUAAGUUAAAGUAACAUUUAAUUUAGCAUAUGAUUUUGAAAUAAAUAAGUUAAUACUAAAUUUAUAAUUAACUUGGGUUAAGAUUUAUUAAUAUCUGUUGUACUUUAAGGACAAAUUGUAUAAAUGUUUUAAAUACAAAAUGGACUCUUGAAAAGGUCUUAUAAUGUAAAGUUAUUUGUAAAUAAGUUUUAUGUUAAAUGUGAAUUAUUAUAAGUUUUAAAGAUAUUAGUUUUAAAAG